CUCAUCCUGUGGCUGUCCACCCCGUGUUCACAUGGAACACCCCGAGUCGGAGACCGACCCCUUCCCUCCCCUACCAGCUGGAUCUGGACGGAGACGCCAGGAGCACUUUCCUCACUGACUCACUGUGGAUCCCCCGGCCAGGAGCUGGUGGCAGAAUUAGGAGCCACCUGCUGAGCUUGUUGCUUGCAGCAUGGAGCUGGUGAUGGGGGCGAUGGGAAGCCUGCUUCCCAAGCUCGGCGAGCUGCUCAAGGAGGAGUACGGCCUGCAGAAGGGCGUGAGGAAGAAGAUCCAGUCCCUCUCGCAGGAGCUCGAGGCCGUGCACGCCGUCCUCCGCAGGAUCGGCGACGUGCCACCGGAGCAGCUCGACAACCUUGUCAGGCUCUGGGUGCGCGAUGUCAGGGAGGCAUCCUACGACAUGGAGGACAUCGUCGACAACUUCCUGGUGCGCGUCAAUGAGCCUACCGACACACACAUGCUCAGGCGCCUCCGGAAGAAGGUGGGCGGCCUGUUCAAGAAAAGCAAGGCUCGCCGCAACAUCUCUUGCCUGAUCCAGGACAUCACCGAGAAGCUCGAGGAGGUGGCAGCAAGGCGUCGAAAGUACUCACUCGACAGCAUUAUUGUCGCCAAGCCUGCAGCUACGACGACCAUCGAUCCUCGCAUCAUGAAUCUAUACAAAAGGGCAACGGAGCUUGUUGGCAUCGAGGGGCCAAGGGAUGAGCUCAUAAGCUUGCUGUCCCUAGGGGGUGAUGUUGAUGUGCCUGAUAAGAAGAUGAAGAUCGUCUCUGUCGUUGGAUUUGGAGGACUAGGAAAGACCACUCUUGCCAAAGCUGUCCACGACCAGCUUAAAUCACAUUUCGAACGCAGCGCUUUUGUUCCUGUGGGUCGAAACCCUGACGUGAAGAAAGUUCUUAGAGACAUUCUCAUUGAUCUUGACAGGGGAAAGUAUGCAAAUUCAGAUUUGAUGGUGCUCGAUGAAAAGCAGCUCAUGGAUGAACUUAAGGAGUUCGUCAAGGACAAGAGGUGUUUCAUUGUUAUUGACGACAUAUGGGACAAGGAAUCAUGGAAACUAAUCAGAUGUGCUCUGCAAGACGGUCAUUGUGGAAGUAGAGUAGUCGUAACAACUCGUACUUAUGAAGUGGCUGCACAGGCAGACGAAGCUUACAAAAUACAACCACUUUCUCGUGACAACUCUGAAAAUUUAUUGUAUGCAAGAAUAGCUGAUGGUGAAGGGAAGUACUUUGAUAGUCCAUCUGUUGAGGCAUGUGACAAAAUUUUGAAGAAAUGUGGUGGUGUGCCAUUAGCUAUCAUUACAAUAGCCAGUUUGUUAGCCAGUAAACCAUGGGAGGACUGGUCAGAGGUCUACAACUCUAUUGGUUUUGGGCAGGGAGGCAAUGAUGAUGUAGAUAAUACUAGAAAGAUAUUGUCUUUCAGCUAUUAUGAUCUGCCUUCACAUCUAAAGCCUUGCUUAGUGUAUCUAAGCAUAUUUUCAGAAGAUCAAGAGAUAGAGAAAAAUAGUUUGAUAUGGAAGUGGAUAGCUGAAGGUUUUGUCGUCCAUGAGGAACAAGCAGCAGGCAUUGGAUUAUUUGAGCUCGGGGAGAGGUACUUCAAUGAGUUGAUAAACAGAAGCAUGAUCCAGCCAGUGGAGAGAGAUGGUGAAGGGUAUGUAGAUGGUUGUUGUGUUCAUGAUAUGGUUUUUGAUUUGGUCCGUUCAUUAUCGAGCCAAGAAAAUUUUGUCACUGUACUGGAUGGCAAUGAUGAGCGGCAGAAACUUCCGGGAAGAUUAGUUGCUCGCAGGUUAGCCCUGCAGGGUAUCAAAGAGCACAGAGGUGAUCAACUGCUAGCUAAUAUUUCUGUGGAUAAAGUCAGAUCCUUUAUUGCCAGUGAGUGCAGUUUUAGUCCGUCAUCACGCCCAUACACUCCAGUUUUACGUGUAUUAGAUAUUGACUCUGGAGAAAAUGUAACCGGAGGUACGCUGGAUCAACUUGGGAGUUUACUUCACCUCAGGUACCUCCGGCUAGCAUUGUCAUAUCCACAUAGUAAUUUCGAACUGCUCAGGGGAGUGAGAUAUCUCAAGUUUCUGCAGACACUGGAUUUAACGGAAUUCUACAUAUAUGAGCUGCCCGAGGAGGUGGGACUGCUGACGCAACUGGUUUGCCUACGUGUUGGUCCGGGAACAAGGAUUCCGGAUGGUUUGAUAGGUAAACUGACCUCGUUGCAAGAGCUGGCGAGAUGGUCUCCUACAUACGAUGAUUAUGAUAAUGCUGGAAGAAUGCAGGUUGUGAAGGAGCUGGGCAUGCUGCGGGAACUGAGGGUGCUCUGGGCUCAAAUUCAUGUCAGGGAUGAGAGCACGGCGAGAGCUUUUCUGGAGUCCCUAGGCAAUCUGCACAAUAUUCGGAUGAUGCACAUUGAGGGCUUACCGCCAGAUUGUGAUAUGUGCAUGCAAAGCUAUCUGGAGUCCCUAGGCAAUCAGCACUGUAUCCGGAUGAUGUUUAUUGAGCGCUUACCGCUAUAUGUUGUUAAGAGCAUAACGAGUCAUGAAGGAUUCAUCACCUGUCGUCAUCUCCAAUACCUGUAUUUGAACUGCCUCGUGUUCCCUGGACUGCCUAAGUGGAUAAAUUCAUCGCUUGCUCCAAACCUCUCCUAUCUGUAUGUGCGAGUGCAAGCUGUUAAAGGGCAGGAUAUGGAAACCCUUGCGAGGCUGCCAGAGCUCCGUCACCUCACACUGAUAUUGUGUGAUAAAACCAAAUUAGUUUAUAUAAAGAUUCCUUGCACGGCUCAAGGUGUUGGCUACUACUUUCAAAAGUUGAGAAACUUGAAGAUCGGUGGUGCACCUUCCUGGUUUGAUCUGCGCGAUUGCGUCAGCAACGGCAGUGUAGCAUCUGCUAUCAUGCCAAGUCUUGAAUCCCUUAAGUUUAAAGUCAGUGUGCGGUUCUUAAAAGAUGCGACCCUGCUUAGUUUUGGCAAGUUGCUUGGUUUCGAGAGCUUUGGAAGAACAUCGCUCCAGAGUGUCACCGUGAUAGUGAACUGUGAAGGUGCCCGUAUUUUGGACGUGGAGGAUGUGGAGGAUGCGUUGGAGCGCAUGGCCGCCGUCCAUCCCAAACGUCCCAAUCUUAGAACAACACGGGAGCAGGAAGAAGAGAUGCUCUCAACCUACCAAGAGGCACGUAUGGAUGUUAGCAGAACCCCUGACUUCGUACUGAAGGCCUGGAAGUCUGCGGACAUCGUUGACUCUGAACAUAUUCGAGCACUACGUAUUCCACCAGAUCCAGAAGCAUCUUCCACCAAAGUUCUCCGUCUUCUGUAUGCAAAUAGGGGGAAAUAUCUUUUGACUCUCAGCUCCAAUGCUAUUCUUAAGCUGUGGAAAUGGGGGCCCAAUGAAAAAAAUCCUCGUGGCAGGCCCACCACAUCUGUUCCACCUCUACUGUGGCAACCAAAAGAAGGCAUUCUAAUGACAAAUGACACAACUGAAGCCAACACUGGAGCAGCAGCUGCCCGCAUUGCCCUAUCAAAAGAUGAGCGCUAUAUAAUUUCUGCAUCUUGUGGCAAAGUCUCGCUGUUCUUCGUGAAGACAUUCAAGGUCUUGACUACUUUCAUGGCACCUCCACCUGCAUCAACUUUUCUCGCAUUCUACCCAAAAGACAAUAACAUCAUUGCUAUUGGGAUGGAGGACUCUUCAAUUCAAAUCUAUAAUGUCCGCACUAAUGAGGUCCAAAGGGUGCUUAUGGGCCAUCAGAAAAAGGUAACUGGACUGACAUUCUCGCAAUCGAUGAACGUGCUUGUAUCUUCAGGCGCUGAUGCUCAGCUAUGUGUUUGGAGCACUGACAAUUGGGAGAACAAGAAAUCAAGAUACAUUCGACCUCCAUCUAAUGGUUCUGCUUUAGUUGGUGAUACAAUGGUGCAGUUUCACUAUGACCAAACACAUCUUUUAGUAGUUCAUGAGAGCCAGUUGGCGAUCUAUGAUGGGAAGCUUGAAUGCCUACACUCGUGGUCCCCAAGAGAUGCACUCCCUUCUCCAAUUUCAAGUGCAGUAUACACAUCUGACGGUCUCUUGAUCUACGCGGGAUUCCGCGAUGGAGCAAUUGGAAUAUUCGAAGCGGAAUCUCUUAGGUUACGAUGCAGGAUUGCACCUUCAGCCUAUAUACCUUCUUCAGUAUCUAGGUAUGUGCCGUCUCCAACAGUUUCUGUUGAGUCAACAAUAUCUUACUGGUACUAUCUUCUGGUUGCAUCUUUAUAUCCAGCGGAGGUGAAGUCGUGUAUCCUAUGGCUGUUUCUGCGUAUCCCUGGCUGAAUCCUAACCAGAUCGCACUCGGCAUGAGCGAUGGUGCCGUUCAUGUGCUGGAGCCAUUGGAAGACUGAUCAGCUGAUGAGGUGACCUGGCCUGGUCAGCGGUCCCAAAUUUGUGCUGGAUGGCACUAUAUAUUAUAUGUGCUCGGUCCCAAAUUUGUUGGAUAUUCAGUCAAAAAAGAUUUAUAGAUUUUAUGCACCCAGUUGCGUGUACAACAACGCUGGAUUUUCUUGAGACCUUUGCACAACUAAGGCAGCACAAUGGACUUACACGUAUUCCUCUUGGAUCUGUCUGUCUGCUGCGUAUAUUUGCAUUAUAAAAGUUAGUCCUUGCUGUU